AAUGCAGGAGAAUUUCAUGGGUAGAUAAACUGGUCCAUAUUCUACUGGGGUGUGACAAUCAUUUGGAUCUCCUUUGAUAUUACUCUCACUUCAUGGUCUGUGCCAGUGGACACUACACAACUUUUCAACUGGGAGGAGCCAUUUUGUAAAACUUUACACUGAAAAGCUAAGUGCAUUUAUUUCAAGAAGUCUAAGCUUCGCUUCUAGAUUGAAAAAUGACUCUGCAACGUUAUGAUAGAGAAAGUUUGUUUUUCUUUGCAUACCAUUUCAAUAAGAAUCACCGGGCUAUUGCAGUAGCAUGGGCUGUGAUGUCUAUUGUCUUCUGUGUAUUAGCUUGCAUUGCUUUUUCCCAGCCCCAGUGGAUCGGGGACACUAAGGAAAGUCCUGGCUAUGGCCAUUUUGGAGUGUAUCAGUACUGUGUACCAAAUGAUCUCGAUGCCACCUAUAGCUGCACUGGCUCCUUCACAACUUUCGACACGAUUCUCAACGAUCAGUUCAAAGCAACAACUGUGUUCACAGGUCUGUCUGCCCUCUUCAUGCUCAUCGUUGUAGGAGCACUUGUAACCUUCUUCUGUUUUAAAAAGGGAUAUGUGUUUGUCAUCUGUGGAGCCUUAGAACUUAUCACAGCGAUAUUUAUGUUCCUUGCCUGUGUGAUAUACCCGAGUGGUUGGGAAAAUGCAGAAUUACAGAAAAUUUGCGGCGAGAGCUCAGGAAGGUACCGCAUGGGUGACUGCAACAUACGUUGGGCAUAUAUCUUGGCCAUCCUUGGCAUUUUCGAUGCUGCAAUCCUUGCAGUACUAGCCUUCUUCCUGGCUUCAAAACGAGCAAAGAUUGAAAUGUACACUUCCUCUGGUGCUGUAACAAAGUCUGAACUGAAUGGCUUUGGUGCAGAAACCAUGUCUAAGAGGUCGAUGCCGAUCCAGCCUGCUGUUGUGGCAGUACCAUCAGUCCAGCACGAAGCACGAGAGAGUUACUCUGAUUACUCCCAAGUUCUGAAACGACCUGGUUCCAACUUCAACCUUUAACAACUUACAAAAUACCAAACAUAACUUUUUGAAACUUUUAAACUUUAAAGGACAUAUACGGCCCUUUAAUUGAAAUAGUUUCCCUUUAUUAGUUCAGUGUAGAUAUGUUAAUGGACAGUCCUAUGUUUACUUUGUAACCUCUUCACCUUGCUAAAGCUGGCUACUGCUGGCAUUAAAUUUCUUGGAAACCUGUACAUGUUGUUUGUGAUAGCUUCAACAAACUGGUUAAUUCUUAUAUUCUUGCUAGAUGUCCACUAAAUAAUAUUUGACUGAUCAGUUACAGUUGAGAUGUCUCUAUACUUGCUUGUAAUAUAUUUUGUAACAUUGUAACUUGUAGUAUUUUGGUAACAACACAACAACAUUCUUGCAACAUUUCAACAGAUAAUACAAUGAGGUAACUAACCCAAGAACUACCAUAAAAAUGAAAAUCGUUCAUACAAAAUUUGUUACCUUUAUUUAAAAUUUUAUAAUCAUAUCUUAUGUUUAUGAUUCAAGUUAAAAUAUACAGACUCUGAAAAAAAAACAAACAAACAAACAAACAAAAAACUAUUUAUGAAUGCCUUGUCUAUAUUAAAUCACUCGCAAACAAGUUUAUUUAAAAUGUAAAGUAUACUGCUUGAAUCCUGCCUUCAUUGUCAUCUUGCUUAUUACAUUAUGGUGUGAUUGUUCUAGUGCUGCCUGUAGCCACAGAUAGCACACUUUGAAAUAUCAUAGGUCAGUAGCAUGGUACUAAAAUAGGUUAAUUCAACAAACAAAGAACAUGAAAACGACAUAAUUCUGGCAUUGUACGAUUUUUUUCCUAUUCUGCUGCUAAAUUUUAAGAAAUGCUUGUAACAUUCCAUUUAUGUUGAAUGAUUUUUUUACUCUGUAAAUAGCCAUCAUAAAAGUUGUAUUGGCAUUAUAGUAUAUACAUGCUUUUGUAUAUAGUCAACCAUUUGUAUAAAAAAAAAUUACAGGCCAUUCUCAUGCUUUGAACCAUAAUACUUGAAUGAUCUGAUAAAAAUAUUCUUCCAUCUGUCAAAACAUCUUGGGUUAUUUUCAAACAAGGACAGGAAAAUUUUUGAUACAUUAUACACAUCUGAAGUACUAGUUUCUGGUUUGUUAUUCAAACAGAUUUUUGUUGGAAUUCUUAGAACAAUUUUAAGGUCGAUGAAAUAAAAAGGUUUGAAAAUACAACUUCUUUUCCUGUUAGAUUCUGUUGUAGGACUGAGGAAUCCAUUUCCUCAAAAUUUCUUUACUAAUUUAGACAUCUGCAGAAAAAAAGCAUUUAGCUUUUUUUAUGUGUUAACAAAUAUAUUUUUAAAGAAAAUUUUGAUGGCAAUUUUUUGCAUUAUUUAGAUGGUAUUUUUUUAUUUAAAUUUUUCUUUUAUAGCUGCUUUCUGAACAUGUAUAUCAUAAUAUUACAUCAAAAAUGGAUAUUUCUUUUCAAUUUUUGUAAAUUUGUCUUUCAUAAUAAAACACUAUUUAGGCCUUU